GGAGCUCAGAGCUGGUACAGUGAGCGUAUCAGGCAGGGGCUGGUGUAGCCUGUCGCCUUCCUCAGCAUCUUGCUGCUGCUCCAUUUCAGGAGAGAAACUGCUCCUCGCAGAGCUUUGGCCAAGCAGGGACUCCGAGAGGGUUGUCCUUGUUGUAGAUACUGCAAAAUAACCCACGGUGUUUGGGGACCAUGGCUACAGACCCGCUCUCAGAGCUUCAGGAUGACCUGAACCUGGAUGAUACCAACCAGUCCCUCAGCCAGCUCACACUGGCCUCCAUAGAUGAUAAUAGCUGGCCAGCAGAUGAAGCCCCUGCUUUUCCUAAGUCGGAGGACUCCACAGGCUCCCCUGUGCCCGUCACUCACCUGCAGUGGGAUGAUCCCUACUAUGAUAUCGCCAGGCACCACAUUGUGGAAGUAGCAGGUGAUGACAAAUACGGAAGGAAAGUCAUUUUGUUCAGUGCCUGCCGAAUGCCCCCAAGUCAUCAACUUGAUCACAUGAAACUGCUGGGGUACCUGAAGUUCACACUGGACCAGUAUGUGGAGAGUGAUUACACACUGGUGUACCUGCACCACGGCCUGACCAGUGAGAACAAGCCAUCCCUGAGCUGGCUGCGGGAUGCCUACAGGGAAUUUGAUCGGAAGUACAAGAAGAACAUCAAAGCCUUGUACAUUGUGCACCCAACGAUGUUCAUCAAGACCCUGCUGAUUCUCUUCAAGCCUCUGAUCAGCUUUAAGUUUGGACGGAAGAUCUUUUAUGUGAACUUCCUUAGCGAGCUGGAGGAGUAUGUGAAGCUGGAACAGUUGGGGAUCCCAAGCCAAGUGCUGAAAUACGACGAAUAUCUGAGAUCCCUGCAGAAACCUUCACAAGUGCCCCUGAAGCCAACCCCUCCACGCCCACCGCUGCCAAACCAGCAGUUUGGAGUCUCGCUCCAGCUUCUCAGGGAGAAGAGCCCUGAUCAGUCGCCUGUUCCUCUGGUGGUCAGAGACACCAUUGCUCACUUGCGGGACCAUGCUCUUACCACAGAGGGGAUUUUCCGGAGAUCAGCAAAUACACAGGUUGUCAGGGAGGUCCAGCAAAAAUACAACAUGGGUGUUCCUGUAGAUUUCCAGCAGUACGAAGAUGUCCACCUCCCUGCUGUGAUUCUCAAGACCUUCUUGAGGGAGCUUCCUGAACCCCUGCUCACUUUUGGCCUCUACAGCCAUGUUGUCAACUUCCAGAGUGUGGAGGAGGAGAAUCGUGUGGAUGUUGUUCGCAAAACACUCCAGACUCUGCCAGAAGAGAACUACCAAGUGCUCCAUUUACUGACUGCCUUCCUGGUGCAGGUCUCUGCUCACAGUGACAAAAACAAGAUGACAAACACCAACCUAGCAGUUGUGUUUGGCCCAAAUCUGCUGUGGGCCAAAGAUGUAGCCAUCACCCUAAAAGCCAUCAACCCCAUCAAUACCUUCACCAAAUUCCUGCUGGACCACCAGAAGGAGCUCUUUGAGGAUGUGGAGGCUUGAAUCCAGGCCAGCCCACACCCAGCACACUGUGCUCACCUUCCCACCUCCUUUCCCACCUUGUCUUGGAGCUGUGACCGAGCUGACUCCAGUGUAAAGGGACUAUUGAUCCUCUGGGUGAUGAGCAGAGCGAGGGGUGUGGAGAUGGUGGCCAAAGUGUGUAAGUAAGCGAGCAGAGACCCACUGCUCGGGAUGGGGAGGGGAGCUGGUCUCCCUGCUGCUCCGAGUGGAGUCCUGGCCCCCCUGCCAGUCUGUGCAGCUCCUCCAGGGCUCAUCACCAGCCUGCUGCCCUAUCAGAUGCCCUGCCUCUUUCUUCCUUCCCUUUCUGCCCUCCUGGUCCCUUCCUCAGCAAAGACCUUUAUUGUUUCAGCUCCCAGUAGCCCCAGCUCACCCCCUUGCCUCUGCUGGGCUGUCUGGGUGAGGGCAGCUUGCUGGGUUUGUGGUAGAGAUGUUCUUGUUGCAGUGCCAUCCCUCAGCACUGAGCAUGCAUCUGCCUUUCCCCAGUGGCACCUAAGGCAAGGAGGGAGCUGGGUAGCUCUUGUGCUUGUCCUGCACUUGCAAACAACACUCCAGACCCCAUAGUUUUGGCAGGCAAGUGAAGGACAGGCUCACAGCACAUGGGCUGUGUUACUGGCCAGAUUCCAAUACAAGGAAGCUGAAUUUAGCCCAAACCCCUCUGGGGUCCCCACUCUUGAUACUGUUCAGUGUUUGCUGGGGUGUAAUGGGUGAGGUGCCUCCCACAGUUACCCACCUCAAGCGUUGCUGGUCCCUCCGGCAGCAUUUCCAGCCCUGCUGGGAAGGUUCAUGCCAGGCCUGGCUGUGUGGUGGGGCUCUGAUGGCUGCAUGAGUCUGAAGGGCAGGGAGCAAGUGCCCUGGGGACACUGAACCUGCUGCACACUAUGAGCAUCACUGCCUCUCCCUGGGGCAGCCACACAAAGCCCCUUUGCUCUGUCAGAUGUGUACAUCUAUGCUGAUGGCACAGACACCUUGGCUUCUUGAGCAGGACUCUCCCCAGCACAACAUAACAGAGCAUGGCCUUGAGGGAAGAUGUAGGGACUGGGGCUCAUCCUCACCCUGGAGUGCACCAGGCUGGGCUUAUGUUUCUGCCCAAGUGCUGAGUACUCGUGUGCCAAAGCUGUGAGGGAGCAGCUAUUCCAUGCCAAGGGCCUUUGCCUUGUCUCCUCCUCAGUUCUGAGCUACCUUCCUUCUGUCCUCCCAUGGAAGCCUGCUCAGAUGCAUCCUGCAUGCCCUGGGCAUGGCUGGAGAGGCUGGGUUGUCUGCAGGGCAGGCUCAGAGCAGGGUGGACCUGCUACCUGUGAGAGCAUCACGGUUGGGUCUGGGUUGCAGCGUUCCCAUUACCUGAGCUGAAAGAGAUCCCUCUCCUCAGCCUGGUGCAGCAGGGUGUUAGCAGGGAGCUUCUAGCCUUAUCUUACUGGUGUGUUGUAUCUUUGUAUCUCGUGCCCCGCGUGCCUGGGCCAGGCCCCUGUUGCUGCAUCUGCCCACAGGGACAGAUCUUUUUGGACCAAGCAGAAUUAUUCUAAAUAGCUACUGAAUGUAAAAUAGCAUUUGCUUUGUUGUAGUAUUUUAGCCUGCCUUUAAACACUGACAAGGGUUGGUGCCCCAGCUGUAAGCAAAGUAAGUGUCAUCUGCGGCAGGCUUUAUGGAAAUGGUGCUUAUUGUUGAGCUCUGGAAUGGGGAUGGGUGAGGACACAGGCAGCUCUGUGCGGCAGCACUGGUCCAUGAAGGAGGAACAGCAACAUAUACAUGGGAAUAGUGAGCAAGAACCUGAGCAUCACUAAGGCUGGAGUAGGAGGUGUUUGAGGAGAGGGCUGGGGUCUCAUCCCGUCUAGAUAGUGGGGGACUUUGUCCUAUGGAGUCUACAAGGCUGCUUAGUCUCCCUGUUCCAAUGCCCGUGUUAUUAACGUAGCUCCCUCUUUGUCCAGAAUAGGAAUGUUUUAGAGGUGGAGACACUCAGCUCCUAAUUCACCUGUGCUCUGUGUUAGAGGAAGUUAGCCGGGCUGGUGUGCUGUGCAGGAGGGAUGGAUGGCGUGGAGGGGUGUACCUGCCCCAGCGUUUGCUUUAAGAGGCCCCAGUGUUUGCUCUAAGAGGCAGGGAUUUCUGGACAGCCGGGGAGGAGUGUGGAGGCAAAGGGAGCCCAGUGCAGCCCCUCUUCCCCUGCAGGCACCCUGUGCUGUGCAGGCUUCAGUUUGGGGAUAGACUUGAUGCUCCAAUUAGAUCUGAGCUGACACUGGCCUCGCUUACAUCCCCCUAGAGGAAAGGCAAUCCCAGCUUGCUUCCCCUGGGACAAACAAGGCCAAUGUUGGCAGCAUGGAUCGGGAAGUGCCUGCUUGCCAGGGCAGGAGGCCUUGGCCCUGUGUGUAGCCCCAGCUCCCAGGGGAGGCUGUCACAUUCCAGCCACACAGAGCAGCAAGGACCAUUCCCUUCAACAGUGAAGGGAGCAGUGCUGGGGUAGCUUAGCAGAGCAGGGAUUGCUGGAAGUGUCCAUGUUCUGGCUGGAAUUUGGUGGGUGCUUCUUUUUAAUUUUUUAAUUUUUUUUAAGUGAAUUCUUGAAAUAAUCUUUCCUUUUUUAGCCAAAUGGAGACGGGCGCAUCCCCUGCAGGCAGGGAUAAAAGCCUGCUCCAGUUCAGUGCCUGCAGGGAGCAGAUUUGGAAGGGCAUUCAGGAAGCUGCUGCUGCGCACGGUGGGAAAGUGCUUGCAAAUCCUGGAAGGGACCCAGUGUAAAUAUCCCUUUGUCUGCUGCUCCUCAUGCCGGAGCUGCCAGGGGCCCUGGGACAGGCACGGGAACCGGGGUUGCUUUUGCUUCUGCAGUCUGCUCUCCUGGAGGCCUUGCAUUGAAACACCCCUCUGUGACUUGAGCAGGGAGCUGCCUGAGGCUGCCUCAGCCUGUGCUGCGUGUGUGCCCACCAGAGCCUGCAUCUGCCCGGAACAGGCGCUGAAAUUCCCUCUGUUCCUGGGCAAAGAGCCUCUGCACACAGCCAGGCUGUGGCAGGCUUGGGUGUCUCUGCCACAUACAGGUGCAGGCAGUAUCUGUUUAGGGUGCUGGUCUUUGUUCUCCUUGCUGUAGAGCUGCCCAAGGGUCUCUUCCCUGUCUUUCAGGUUAGCUGUUAGCCAUUUCUCCCUGUGGGGGUACUUGUUACACUUCAACCCUCUGCUCUUUAGCAUCUCAACCAUUCCCCUCUGCUUAAGCCUCCUGCUGUCUUAUCGGCCUCUGCUCCCUGGCCCACGCUGUGUCCUGACACCAGAGCUGUCGGGGGGCACAGGGGUGCAGGGGCCAGCUGGAUGCCUUGUGGCAACGUUUGCUGUUUGAGAGCUGAGGACCACUUUGGUCCUUGUUACCUUUCAUGCACGGGGGCUCCUGUGCGUAACUGUUGGCUUUUGCUUUUGUUGCUGGUGUUCCUUGCUGCCUUUUCUGUUGAUGUUCGGGAGGUGCAGGCUGGGGUUUUCACAGUUCACAGUUUGUUUUCUUCUGAUCUGCACCAAUCUUGUAUUUCACAGUUUGCACUUUUUGUAUUUCAAUAAAAUUCAAAUGGUAAUCCCAGA